CAAAUUCAGGGGUCCUAAUAUUGAAAACUAUCAAGCGCCGUCAUUUACAGAUCAAACUUAUGAAUAUUAACACAAGCACAUGAGUAGCAGUAUGCCUGCUGAACGUAAGAAGUCCGUCAACAUGGAGGAGAGAGAGACGGGCUCCUUCAGCAACAAGGACAGAGACGCAGACAGACAGGCCGCCGCGUCCCGCGACAAGAGCAAAGACGAGACCAAGAUGAGCGCGAAGAAGGACGGAGGCAAGACGGCGGAAGAUAAGAAGAGACGGGCUGAGGAGGACAAGAGGAAGAGGGAGGAGAAGGAGAGGAAGAAGAAAGAGGAGGAGAAGCAGAGGGCAGAGGAGGACCCUUGA